AAAAAGAAAAAGAAGAAAGAGCUGAGCAAUGCAAACUCAUCAAUGGCUAAACAUAGGUACGGAGCUGAAAAAGGCACAUUAAAUAUAUGUAGGAAGUGGAAGUUGUUAUAAUUCAAUAAAUCAUCCCUCAAAACCUUUGUUCCUUCAUUCUCACUGCUGCAUAAGAACCACAAAGCCAAUCAAAUAAAGCUCCAUAUACAACAAAAAUGGCUUACUAUGGGAACACGAUAGGUGAUGAUUUCACAUCAUGGAGUAGUUGUCUAAAGAACUUUGAUUUCACUUCAUUAUGUACUCAAAGAAGCAUAGUGGGAAUCACAAAUCUACUUUUUGUGUUUAUGUUCUACACCGUUUUGCUUAUUAGUUUCAUCAAAAGAAGUUCUUCAAGAAAUGGCAAUACUAGCCACAGAAGAAAGAACAAGUUCUUCAUAUUUGUAUCAGUUUGUUGUGCUCUUAUCAGCAUUGGUUUUGUCACAAUUGGUCUAUGGAAUCACAUGAGCUUGUUAUCUUGCAUUUUAAGAGGGAUUGUUUGGAUCUCUUUAUCAUUUUCCUUGAUUCUUCAGAGACAAAAAUGGGUGAAGACUCUCAGCACUUUCUGGUGGAUAUGUUCUUCUAUUUUGGUGUCAAUUUUGGAUAUUGAAAUUCUUUUCAAGGAUCAUGCAAUUGAGGUUCUUGAUGUGGUGCUUUGGCUUGUGAAUUUGUUACUUCUAUUAUGUGCUUUUCAAAAUCUUGGUUUCUUUGUCACACAAAGUGGUGGUAACCAAGGUGAUGCAGAUUUAUCUGAGCCUCUUUUGGAUCGAAAAGACGGCGAAAAUGCACGAACAGGACUAUGCAAUGCUUCCAUUUUGAGUAAAUUGAUCUUCUCUUGGAUUAACCCUUUGCUCAAAUUGGGUUACUCAAAGGCACUAUCACUUGAAGACAUUCCUUCAGUUGUUCCUGAAGAUGAAGCAGAUUCUGCAUACCAAGUGUUUGUUCUUGCAUGGGAGAAUCUUUUAAGGGAAAAGAGAAAGAACAAUAAUAAUAGUACCAAGAACUUGGUUCUUUGGUCUCUAGCUAGAGUUUACUUAAAAGAGAAUCUUUUGAUUGCAGUCUAUGCAUUGAUUAGAACUGUUUGUGUUGUGGUUUCUCCACUUAUACUCUAUGCUUUUGUGAACUAUUCAAAUAGAAGUAGCGCUGAGAAAAAUCUCAAAGAUGGUCUUUCUAUAUUGGGGUGUUUGAUUGUCACAAAGGUGUUUGAAACAUUGUCUCAAAGACAUUGGUUCUUUAAUUCAAGGAGAUCAGGUAUGAAGAUGAGGUCUGCUCUGAUGGUGGCAGUGUAUCAGAAACAGCUAAGGCUUUCUAGCCCUGCUCGAAUGAGGCACUCCGCCGGCGAAAUUGUUAAUUACAUUGCGGUGGAUGCAUACAGAAUGGGAGAGUUUCCUUGGUGGCUUCAUGUAACAUGGGCCUGUGUAUUGCAGCUUAUUAUGUCUCUUAUAGUCUUGUUCGGUGUUGUAGGUCUCGGUGCUCUGCCUGGCCUAAUCCCUUUCAUAAUCUGUGGACUACUCAAUGUGCCAUUUGCAAAGGUGAUACAAAAGUCUCAGUCUCAGUUCAUGUUAGCACAAGAUGAGCGCUUAAGAUCAACUUCAGAGAUACUUAACAGCAUGAAGAUCAUCAAGUUACAAUCAUGGGAGGAAAAAUUCAAGAGCUUGGUUGAGUCGCUUCGCGCGAAAGAAUUUAUAUGGUUGUCUAAGACACAGAUCAUGAAGGGUUAUGGCUCAAUUCUUUAUUGGAUGGCUCCUACAAUUGUUUCUGCUGUUGUCUUCCUAGGAUGUGUUCUGUUCCAUAGUGCUCCAUUGGAUGCAGGGACAAUUUUCACAGUUCUUGCAACAUUGAGGAUCAUGUCAGAACCAGUUAGGAUGAUCCCUGAGGCUCUCUCUGUUCUUAUCCAAGUUGUGGUAUCUUUUGAUCGGCUCAAUACCUUUUUGCUUGCUGAAGAGUUAGACAGUAAUGAAAUUGUAAGGAGUGUUAAGCAAAGUUCAGUUGGUGACAACAAUGCUGUAGAAAUUGAAGGUGGAAACUUUACUUGGGAUCAGGGAUCAGUGUCCCCAACUUUAGCUGAUGUGAAUUUGGAAGUGAAAUGGGGGCAUAAAGUAGCAGUUGUUGGGCCAGUUGGAGGUGGAAAAUCAUCUCUCUUGCAUGCAAUACUUGGAGAGAUUCCAAAGAUUUCAGGAAAUGUUAAUGUAUAUGGCACCAUAGCAUAUGUUUCUCAAAUUUCUUGGAUCCAAAGUGGGACAGUUAGAGAUAACAUACUCUUUGGCAAGCCAAUGGACAAGAAAAGAUAUCAGAAUACCAUUAAGGCCUGUGCCUUGGAUAAGGACAUCAAUGAUUUCAGCCAUGGUGAUCUGACAGAAAUCGGUCAGAGAGGGAUCAACAUGAGUGGAGGACAAAAGCAAAGGAUUCAACUAGCUAGAGCAGUGUACAAUGAUGCUGACAUUUAUCUCUUUGAUGAUCCUUUUAGUGCAGUUGAUGCCCACACUGCUGCUCAUUUAUUCAAUGAAUGUGUCAUGACAGCUCUUAGGGAAAAAACAGUCAUUCUAGUGACUCAUCAAGUGGAGUUUCUCUCAGAAGUUGAUAAAAUCCUGGUGAUGGAGGGAGGGAAAAUUACUCAGUCAGGUAGUUAUGAUGAUAUCCUAACAGCUGGGACAGCAUUCGAACAACUUGUGACUGCUCACAAAGAUGCAAUAACAGAGUUUGAUCGGAACAACCAAAACCAAGGAGGACCUGAAAAUAAUAAGGCUAUGACUCCUCCAGAAGAGUCUCAAGGUUCUAAUAUCUCUAAAACUCAAAGUGAGGGUGAGAUUUCUUUCAAGGGUCAAACUGGCUCACAACUCACACAAGAGGAAGAGACAGAGAUUGGUGAUCUUGGGUGGAAACCAUUUUGGGAUUACAUUUCCUUCUCCAAGGGGCAACUUAUGCUGUGCUUGAUGAUAUUAGGACAAUUUGCUUUUGUUGCUUUGCAAUCUGCAUCAACCUUUUGGCUUGCACUAGCAAUUGAGAUGCCAAAAGUGACUAGUGCUGUUUUGAUUGGAGUUUAUGCAUUGGUCUCAUUUAGCAGUGCUAUUUUUGUGUAUCUGAGGUCUUUGGUAUCUGCACUUCUUGGAUUAAAAGCUUCAUCAGCCUUCUUCUCUAGUUUCAAUAAGGCUAUCUUCAGUGCUCCUAUGUUGUUCUUUGAUUCAACCCCUGUAGGAAGGAUUUUAACCCGAGCUUCAUCAGAUUUGAGUAUUCUGGACUUUGACAUACCUUAUUCCAUCACUUUUGUAGCAUCUGUAGCUAUUGAAAUUGUGGUGAUCAUUGGUAUAAUGGCUUCAGUCACAUGGCAAGUUCUCAUAGUUGCAAUUCCUGCUACACUAGCAUCAAAAUAUGUUCAGGGAUAUUAUCAAGCCUCUGCAAGAGAAAUAAUAAGGAUCAAUGGAACAACCAAAGCACCAGUGAUGAAUUUUGCAGCUGAGACAUCACUUGGAGUGGUUACUGUUAGAGCAUUCAACAUGGUGGAUAGAUUUAUCAAGAACUACCUAAAGCUUGUGGACACAGAUGCAUCACUCUUCUUUCAUUCUAAUGUGACCAUGGAAUGGUUAAUUAUAAGGAUUGAAACACUUCAAAACUUGACAGUCUUCACUGCAGCCUUGUUACUUAUUCUAGUUCCUAUGGAUUAUGUGUCCCCAGGGCUUGUGGGACUUUCACUUUCUUAUGCAUUCACAUUGACACAAGCACAAAUAUUUUGGACAAGAUGGUUUUGCAACUUAUCAAACUAUGUUAUCUCUAUUGAAAGAAUCAAACAAUUCAUUCACAUACCAGCCGAGCCUCCUGCUAUUGUGGAGGAUAACAGGCCUCCAACUUCAUGGCCAUGGAAGGGUAGAAUUGAUCUUCAAUCCUUAGAGAUUAGAUAUCGUCCGAAUGCACCAAUAGUCCUGAAAGGAAUUACUUGCACAUUCAAAGAAGGGAGUAGAGUGGGAGUUGUAGGAAGAACAGGAAGUGGAAAAACAACACUUAUAAGUGCUCUGUUUCGAUUGGUCGAGCCUUCAAGAGGUAACAUUAUUAUUGAUGGGAUUGACAUAUGCUCAUUGGGGUUGAAGGAUUUGAGAAUGAAGCUAAGCAUUAUCCCUCAAGAAGCAACUCUUUUCAAGGGUAGCAUUAGAACAAACUUGGACCCCUUAGGCCUUUACUCAGAUGAUGAAAUAUGGAAGGCUUUAGAGAAGUGUCAACUUAAGGAGGCAAUCAGCAAGCUACCAAGUCUCUUGGACUCAUCAGUGAGUGAUGAAGGUGGAAAUUGGAGCUUGGGACAGCGGCAACUGUUUUGUCUUGGAAGAGUACUUCUUAAGAGGAACAGAAUUCUUGUUCUUGAUGAAGCAACUGCAUCCAUUGAUUCUGCUACAGAUGCCAUUCUACAAAGAAUUAUUAGAGAAGAAUUUGCAGAAUGCACUGUAAUAACUGUGGCUCACAGAGUUCCAACUGUUAUAGACAGUGACAUGGUCAUGGUCCUAUCUUAUGGGAAACUAUUGGAAUAUGAUGAUCCUUCAAAGCUUAUGGAGACGAACUCAUCAUUCUCUAAGCUUGUAGCUGAAUAUUGGGCAAGUUGCAAGAGGAGUUCUUCUCAAAUCUAAGAAGGCAUCAACCAUGAAUAAUUCCAAGAGGAGUUUUUGCACUUUUGUUAUUAUUUUUUCACUUUUUGGUCAAGUCCUCUUUUAAAAGAAAAAAGUUAGAGUUGUUAUCUAAGAAACUUUAUUUAGCAGAAAAAGAGGAAUAAAAAAUAUAAUAUAUCACACAUUUGAUCAAAUAUGAUUGAAUAAUAGACAUGAGACACUUGUUAGAAGAAUAAAUUUAUGUAUGUUCAAAAGGGAGAGACGAAGGUAAUAAACCAGAACUAAAAUAUUAUUA